CUACCCAAUCGAAGAACACUUUAUCUUUUCACAAGAUUCAACUGACUCUCUCGAAGAAAAGACAUUUAAACCGACACGCAAAAAAUGUCAAAGUAUUGUAGACCCAAUCACUUGUGGCCAAUGCCCCCAUACAGUGCCAGUUUUUCUUGAAACGCUUGCUCACAAUGGUGUUUCCCCACCCAUCCCACGCCCAUGGUUUACACACGAUGAUCGGACAAGAAGGAGCCUUGCCGGGUCUAAGAAAAUCAGCUCGUCCCACUGAAUUUCAAUUUCAAGGGCCUUUACUUGACGUAAGCUUGACACGAGGUGUACGGGUGCAGGCCCAUCUCGAACAUCAGCUGAACUGCUUCUUUUCUCCCCAAUGUCCACGAAUAUCCCGGAUUCAGACUCCAUUUGUGACAUGAAGCCCGUACGUAUAGCAGUAGAGGGCUGCUGCCACGGUAAGCUCAACAAAAUCUACCUGCAAGUGCCGAAAAACGCCGAGCUUCUCGUCAUCUGUGGCGAUUUCCAGGCCAUUCGCAACCAACGGGACCUAAAAGCAAUGAAUGUGCCCCAGAAGUACCUCGAGAUGGGCGACUUCCCCAACUACUAUCUGGGAAAGAAAAAGGCCCCUAUACUCACGGUUUUCAUAGGAGGAAAUCACGAGCUGUCUCUGUAUUUGAGGGAGCUCCAGUAUGGAGGAUGGGUCGCCCCAGGAAUUUACUAUCUAGGCGAAUUCGGCACAAUUUGGUACAAAGGCUUACGGAUCCUGGGAGCCAGCGGGAUCUACAGCCAUGACAGCUUUGUCAAGGCGAAAUCAGACAAUCCGCCGGCGUACAAGUUGCCUUACAACCACUCCACUAUAAGAUCUAUAUAUCACGUGAAGCCCAAGAACUUUCUCAAAUUGAUGCUUUCGGGCUCGUCAGAUGUCAUGUUGUCGCACGACUGGCCCAAGGGUAUCUGGGAAUGGGGCAACAAGGGCACUCUUUUGAAGAAUAAGCCGUUUUUGAAGACAGACAUCGAACGCGGCCAUUUGGGUUCUCCUUUGGCCACCACAGCCAUGACCCACUUGAAGCCUAAGAACUGGUUCUCGCUGCAUAUGCACACAUUCUUUGAGGCCACAGUCAAGCACGAAAGCCCGGCUGCAAAAACCGCAGAAACGAGUGCUUUAGAUCCAGGCGAGAAUAAGCGAAGGAAGAUUAGCGUGGAGUCCGAGAAACUGAAGGACGCCAAUGAAAUCGCGUUGGAUAUGGAUGAUAUGGAUGUUUCGGAAGAGACCUCCGGGCCUGAUGAGACUCUUCAAAUGGAACAGAAGGAGGAAAGCAAAGACAUAUCACCUUCAGGUAACACAAGCGCAGAAGACACAGAAGGCACAUCCGCCGAGGGCCUGACAGAUGCAAAAAACUCAAGAAGUCAUGCCGAGGAGCCAUCCUCAAAGAUCACCAAGAAAGACAAGAAAAAAGCGGCCGCCAAAUUCCGGUCUGCUGGCCCGGAAACAUACUUCAUGGCCCUCGACAAGUGCCUCCCAAGACGAUCUUUUAUCGCCGCAAAGUCUAUUGAGGCCAACCCCCAGCACCCGUCUUUCAAGAACAAGAAUCUUUACUAUGACCCCAGGGCCAUUGCGAUCCAGAAGGUGGUGGAGAAUUUCGUGAAAACACCCAAUUGGGCGGAUAUCAGUGCGCAAGAUCUCCUCGAGCCCGAAAAACUCGACAACUUGCUUGCGGAGCUCAACGAGAUGGUUGAUUUUGAGGCGGCAAAAAUCCCCAAUAACUCCUGUAUUCCCAAGAAUUUCAAGAAGGUGGCGCCGGACGUGAAGGUACAGGUGGUGCCGAUGCAGUAUUGGCCCAAUAAUCAGACCAAAGAUUACUGUGAGAAAUGGGGAGUGCCUGAGCCCGACUUAGAAGGCCCAUAGUGGCAUAUAGCAGAAAGCUGGAGGUAAGAAGAAUACUGUACAAAGGGGGCUUUUACCUAUCUUCUACCAAGCUUAAGUCUGACUGUUAUCCGAUCUCUGAAAGGUUACAACGGCUAGCUAGGCAUGGACAAACACAGAGGGAUGUAAGGCAGAUAUAAAUAUCAAACGAGUAUGAGCACAAUUGCUCUGGAUACUGGUUCAUAGAUCGACAAGCAAAUCAUUUAAUAGAGACAGUCAAAAGAACAUGCA